AUGGAGCGCGUCCUGACGUGCGCGUGGACGCUCGUGCUGCUCGUGGCAGCAGCGGGCCACGCGCCUGCAGACGUGUGUCGUACAAAAGUCGACGUGCUGUGCUCGCACAUGUCCACCAAGACAGUGUACACCCCGCUCUUGUCGAAGAAAUCGUCGUCGACUGACGACCCUCAAUGCCGCCCUGUGCAGCUGAAUUUCGUCCUCCGGCACGGCACAAGGAACCCGACGGAAAAGGACGUGGCGCGGAUUCGCGAGACGCACUCGAGGCUCGUUGCUAGCGGUGCAGGGGAGUCCCUGUCGUGGGUGAAGAGCUGGGCGAACCCGUACGCGAAAGGAACCGAAGCGUGGCUCGCGGAUCGAGGCGUCCAGGAGCUGAUUGGCAUUGGCGCGCGCCUCCGCGCUCGACUGUCUUCUGGGCCAGUGCAGUACAACUCGAGCAAGUUUGUCUUUGAGCACACGUGGAAAAUACGGACGCGGCAGAGCGCCGAAGCGUUUGCGUUUGGCUUUUUUGACGGUCUCCAGCCCGUGUACUACCAUAGCUUUCCGACUGGAGACGAUGAAGUACUGCGGUUCUACGACAACUGCCCGACGUUUGAGGUGCAGAUUGACAAGAAUAGAAGCGCUACGGCAGAACACGCAAAGUAUCGCGAUAGUGCACAGAUGCAGGAGAAUCUGGAAAAGUUCCAAAAGCUAGCGGGCGGUGUCAAGGUGACGCAGAAGGAUCUAGAAGCAGCGUAUGCUGGCUGUGCCUUUGAUGUGGCUGUGCUUGGUGUCUAUGACAAUUGGUGCUCGCUCUUUGACGAAGAGAUGCUGCUGUCUAUGGACUACUUUCAAGAUCUCAAGCACUUUUACCGCAAAAGCCACGGCUAUGCACUGUCUUACGCAAUUGCAUCGCCACUGCUGCAGGAUAUCUUUCGUACCAUGAAGCAACGCGUGCAUGGUGAGAGUGACGUCGAAGGGUACUUUCGCUUCGCUCAUGCCGAGACUAUUUUACCGCUAGCAUCGCUUUUGAACGUCAGCUACUUCGACUUGCAUGCUAGCGAUCGUGCGGGUCACUUCCGCGCGGACACCCCGCUGGAUCUAGCUCUACAGCGAAAGUUCAGAAGCUCUGAACUGGCCCCGUUUUCCGCCAACAUCGGCUUUGUUCUCUACGAGUGCGUUGCUGAGAACAGCCAAGGUCACGCACGACCGACGUUCAAGGUGAAGACAUUGCUCAAUGAGCGUGAAGUGAUAUUCAACGAGUGCGACGGUCAAGCGCUUUGUUCAUUCGACGAGCUGGAAAGUGUUUUUCGUCGAUGGAUCUACGAUUUUGACUUCCACAAGCAAUGUGCACUUGCGUAG